GCAGUGCGUACCAUACAAAUCGCCAUCAGUAUCCAAAUACAGCGUAAAAUCGCCCAUCCGCCAUAGUCAUUUGAAAAGUGUUGAAGUCUUUCUUCCGAUUUCAAAUCUGGAGAUACACAGAAAACCAAAUAUAUAAACCCUCCAACACGCACACACACACACACUGCGUCAACCCUGCAGCAAUUCAAUUCUCAGAUCUCUCCGGCGAAUGCUACAAUGAAUCAACGCCCACCUCGACCACAGGAUGACGAGGUUUACAACAUCAUCCCAAUCCACAACCUCCUCGCCGACCACCCCUCCCUCCGAUUCCCCGAAGUCCGCGCCGCCGCCGCCGCACUCCGCUCCGUCGGUGACCUCCGCCGCCCUCCGUUCUCGCCAUGGAUGCCCAACUACGACCUCCUCGACUGGCUCGCCCUCUUCUUCGGCUUCCAAUCCUCUAGCGUGAAGAACCAGAGGGAGCACCUCGUGCUCCACCUCUCAAAUGCUCAGAUGCGCCUCUCGCCGCCGCCUGACAACAUCGACACCCUAGACCCCUCGGUCCUCCGCCGCUUCCGCCGCCAUCUCUUGAAGAAUUACUCCAGUUGGUGCUCGUACCUCAACCUCAAGUCAAAUAUUUGGCUGUCCGACUCUAACUCCCGCCACUCGUCCUCCGAUCACAGGCGCGAGCUCUUGUACGUUUCGCUCUAUUUGCUUAUUUGGGGCGAGUCUGCCAAUUUACGUUUCAUUCCGGAAUGUAUUUCGUAUAUCUUUCAUAAUAUGGCUAUGGAAUUGAAUAAGAUAUUGGAGGACUAUAUUGAUGAGAACACUGGGAGGCCUUUUUUACCUUCUAUAUCGGGGGAGAACGCUUUUCUGAACCAAAUUGUGAAGCCAAUAUAUGAAACUGUAAAAGCUGAGGUGGAGAACAGUAAGAAUGGGACGGCACCACACUCUGCGUGGCGGAAUUACGAUGAUAUAAAUGAGUACUUUUGGAGUAAGAGGUGCUUUGAUAAGCUGAAAUGGCCGAUUGAUGUCGGGAGUAAUUUUUUUGUGACGGGGAAUAAGGGGAAGAAAGUAGGAAAGACGGGGUUUGUUGAGCAGAGGUCAUUUUUGAAUUUAUUUAGGAGCUUCGAUAAGCUAUGGAUUAUGCUGAUUUUAUUCCUCCAGGCAGCCAUUAUUGUCGCUUGGGCGGAGAGGGAGUAUCCAUGGCAGGCAUUGGGUAGUAGGGACGUUCAGGUGAGGUGUUUGACUUUGUUUAUCACAUGGAGCGUGUUGAGGUUCGUGCAGUCUUUGUUGGAUAUUGCAAUGCAGUACAAUUUGGUGUCGAGGGAGACCAAGUCAUUGGGAGUGAGGAUGGUUUUGAAAUCCGUUGUUGCAGCUGUAUGGAUUGUGGUGUUUGGGGUGUUUUAUGGAAGGAUAUGGAAUCAGAAGAAUAAAGAUGAUGGGAAGUGGUCUGGUGCUGCAAACAGGAUUGUGGUAAAUUUCCUUGAGGUUGUGGUGGCUUUUAUUGCUCCAGAGCUGUUAGCUUUGGCUCUGUUUGUUCUGCCGUGGGUUAGAAAUUUUUUGGAGAACACAAAUUGGAAGAUAUUUUAUUUGUUGUCAUGGUGGUUCCAAAGCAGGAGUUUUGUGGGUCGGGGGCUUAGGGAAGGUCUUGUGGAUAAUGUUAAGUAUAGCCUUUUCUGGAUUGUAGUGCUUGCAACAAAAUUUGUUUUCAGUUACUUCAUGCAGAUUAAGCCCAUGAUUGCUCCGACAAAGGACUUGCUGUCGCUUAAAAACGUUGUUUAUGAGUGGCACGAGUUCUUUGAUAAUAGUAACCGAUUUGCAGUUGGGCUAUUGUGGCUCCCGGUUAUUUUGAUUUACCUAAUGGAUCUCCAGAUUUGGUAUUCAAUUUACUCCUCUUUUGUCGGAGCUGCAGUUGGGUUGUUUGACCACUUGGGUGAAAUUCGAAACAUGCAGCAGUUGAGGUUGAGAUUUCAAUUUUUUGCCAGUGCUAUUCAGUUUAAUCUUAUGCCUGAGGAGCAGCUGAUGAAUGCCAGGGGAACGUUUAAGAGCAAGUUCAGGGAUGCCAUUAACCGACUGAAGCUGAGAUAUGGGCUUGGACGCCCCUUUAAAAAACUUGAAUCCAACCAGGUGGAGGCCUAUAAAUUUGCGUUGAUAUGGAAUGAGAUAAUCAAUACAUUCAGAGAGGAAGACAUUAUCUGUGACCGCGAGGUUGAGCUUUUGGAGCUGCCUCAGAAUGACAGAAAAGAUCCUAAAUGUAACUGGGAAAUUCGGGUGAUUCAGUGGCCGUGCUUGCUACUCUGUAAUGAGCUACUGCUUGCACUCAGCCAGGCACAAGAGUUAUCAGAUGCUCCUGACAGGUGGCUUUGGCAUAAGAUCUGUAAGACCGAGUAUAGGAGAUGUGCAGUCAUUGAAGCAUAUGAUAGCGUAAAGCACUUUUUACUGUCAAUUGUGAAAUAUGAUUCUGAGGAACGGUCUAUUAUCAAAACUUUCUUCCAAGAAGUUGAUCAAUGGAUUCAGCUGGAGAAGUUUACAAAAAAUUAUAAGAUGAAUGCACUUCCUAAAAUCCAUGGAAAGUUGGUUCAUCUUCUUAAUCUUGCCUUGAAGCCUGAUAAAGAUACUGAUAAGGUGGUGAAUGCUCUUCAGGCUCUUUACGAGACAGCGAUUAGAGAUUUCCUGAAAGAGCCCAGAAACAACGAGCAGCUGAAGGAAGAUGGUCUUGCUCCUCAAGCGGCAGUUUCUGGUGAAAUAUUGCUUUUUCAGAAUGCUGUUGAGUUGCCUAGUGCAAGUAAUGAGAUGUUUUAUCGCCGUGUACGUCGAUUGCAAACAAUUCUCAUCUCUCAGGAUUCCAUGCAGAAGGUUCCAGAAAAUCUUGAGGCAAGGCGCAGAAUUGCAUUUUUCAGUAAUUCCUUGUUCAUGAACAUGCCUCAUGCUCCUCAGGUUGAGAAAAUGAUGGCCUUCAGUGUUUUGACCCCCUACUACAGUGAAGAGGUGUUAUACAGCAAGGAAAGUCUCCGAACUGAGAAUGAAGAUGGGAUAUCAACCCUUUACUACUUGAAAACCAUCUAUGCCAGUGAUUGGAAGAACUUCUUGGAAAGGAUGCGGCGAGAAGGUAUGACUAGUGAAAAGGAACUCGAGACAACUAGGCUGAGAGAACUGCGGAUGUGGGCAUCAUACAGAGGCCAAACACUCAUUCGCACGGUGAGGGGAAUGAUGUAUUACUAUCGUGCCCUUGAGUUGCUGGCUUUUCUGGAUUCUGCUUCUGAGAUGGACAUGAGAGAAGGAUCUCAGCAAUUGGGUUCCAUGAGGCAUAAUGAUGACAUGGAUGAUUCAGAAAAUUCAUCCUCCUCAAGAACUUUGAGCAGAGGAAAUAGUUCAGUCAGUGCCUUUUUUAAAGGUCACGAGCGUGGAACAGUUUUAAUGAAAUUUACUUAUGUGGUUGCAUGCCAGAUUUAUGGUUCUCAGAAAGCCAAAAAGGAUCCUCAUGCCGAUGAGAUACUUUAUUUGAUGAAAAUUAACGAAGCACUCCGUGUUGCCUAUGUUGAUGAGGUGUCGUCAGAGAGGGAUGAGAAAGAGUAUUUUUCUGUCCUGGUGAAAUAUGAUCGGACCCUGGAUAAAGAAGUUGAGAUAUACCGGGUCAAGCUUCCUGGUCCAUUGAAGCUUGGAGAGGGGAAACCAGAGAAUCAGAAUCAUGCCAUUAUCUUCACUAGAGGAGAUGCAGUUCAGACCAUUGACAUGAACCAGGAUAACUAUUUUGAGGAGGCUCUGAAGAUGCGAAAUCUCUUGGAGGAAUUCAAAUCCUUCUACGGUAUUAGGAAGCCUACUAUCCUUGGAGUUCGGGAGCACAUUUUCACAGGUUCUGUAUCAUCCCUUGCGUGGUUCAUGUCUGCACAAGAAACGAGUUUUGUCACUUUGGGGCAGCGUGUUUUAGCCAACCCUUUGAAAGUUCGGAUGCAUUAUGGGCACCCUGAUGUGUUUGACAGGUUUUGGUUUUUGACUCGGGGAGGUCUAAGCAAGGCUUCUAGAGUGAUCAACAUUAGUGAGGAUAUUUUUGCUGGAUUUAACUGCACAUUGAGAGGCGGGAAUGUUACUCACCAUGAAUACAUCCAAGUUGGAAAGGGAAGGGAUGUUGGGCUGAAUCAAAUUUCCAUGUUUGAAGCCAAGGUUGCUAGUGGGAACGGUGAGCAAAUACUGAGCCGAGAUGUUUACAGGUUGGGUCAUAGGCUGGACUUUUUUCGAAUGCUCUCGUUCUUUUAUACUACGGUGGGAUUUUUCUUCAAUACCAUGAUGAUUCUCCUUACUGUUUAUGCAUUUUUGUGGGGCCGGCUUUAUCUGGCAUUGAGUGGGCUAGAAGGCUUUGCCUUGGCAGGUUCGAACGAUAAUCGAGCACUUGGUACAAUCUUGAACCAGCAGUUAAUCAUCCAACUUGGUCUCUUUACUGCCUUGCCAAUGGUUGUUGAGAAUUCACUCGAGCAUGGCUUUCUGAAUGCUAUUUGGGACUUUAUAACAAUGCAGCUCCAACUUUCUGCUGUAUUCUAUACAUUCUCCAUGGGGACCCGUGGUCAUUACUUUGGCAGAACUAUUCUACAUGGUGGUGCUAAAUACCGCGCAACUGGCCGUGGCUUUGUGGUAGAGCAUAAGAAGUUUGUGGAGAACUAUAGAUUAUACGCUCGUAGUCAUUUUGUGAAGGCGAUUGAACUCGGACUGAUACUCACUGUAUAUGCUUCCUACAGCCCGGUAGCUAAAGGAACUCUUGUGUACAUAGCACUGACCAUUACCAGUUGGUUUUUAGUGGUGUCGUGGAUUUUGGGGCCGUUCAUUUUCAAUCCUUUGGGCUUUGAUUGGUUAAAAACUGUAUAUGACUUUGAUGAGUUCAUGGAUUGGAUAUGGUUCAAGGGUGGUGUGUUUGCAAAAUCUGAACAGAGCUGGGAAAAGUGGUGGUAUGAAGAGCAAGAUCAUUUAAGGACAACUGGGCUUUGGGGAAAGGUACUGGAAAUCAUUUUGGACCUCCGUUUCUUCUUUUUCCAGUACGGGAUUGUAUAUCAACUGGGCAUUACUGCUGGAAGCAAGAGCAUUGCUGUUUAUUUGCUUUCGUGGAUCUAUGUCGUUGUGGCUCUUGUACUAUACACGAUAAUUGCAUAUGCUCGGGACAAAUAUUCUGCAAAAGAACACAUUUAUUACCGUUUGGUCCAGUUCCUUGUCAUUAUACUUGCAGUAGUUUUGAUGAUUGCCUUGCUCGAGUUCACCAGUUUCAAGUUUAUGGAUAUUUUCACCAGUUUACUGGCUUUUAUUCCCACUGGGUGGGGGUUUAUAUCUAUCGCACAGGUAUUUCGGCCCUUACUGGAGAAAGUAAAGAUUUGGGAUACUGUUGUGUCUGUAGCUCGCAUGUACGACAUUAUGUUUGGAGUGAUUGUCAUGGUACCUCUUGCCCUUCUUUCGUGGCUGCCUGGGUUCCAAAACAUGCAAACAAGGAUUCUUUUCAAUCAAGCAUUCAGCAGGGGUCUGCAUAUAUCCCAGAUUGUGGCUGGAAGAAAACCUAAGGCUGAUACGUAAGAAAGGUUGAGAGUCGAGUCGAGUCUCGUUUUUGAGGUUUUCUAGUGCGGAUAUAGCAGCAUUUUCCUGUUAUUUGUUUCUGAUCAACUGGCGCCGCAGAAGAUCCCAACUAUCAUUUAUUUUGCUGGUUACUUCAUUUUUCUCUUACUGUUUGUAAAAAGGUCGUCAAAUAUUUUAAUUAGUACUCAGAUAAGAGAUUCAUUGUUUGUGCUUUAUUAUUACCAAGGUUUUGUAAGAAAAUAUAUCUCUAUACUGUCUAUUGUGAGUAAACGUAGCUUGCUUUGCUUAAUCACGUGAUCUUGUACCAGAUUCUGGCUGUGGACCUUCAAAUUUUAUUAAUCCUUUUCAAUUUUCUCUCUGCCA